AUGGAGGCUCACAUCGAAGCGCUGCGAAUGCAGCUACAGUUAGCCGAAUUGCGUCCGAAAGUGCAUCAACUCGAGGCGCAGCAACCGACCGCCAUUUGUGUAAAGGAUUUCGAAUCCUUCAUCGAGCCGCUUGAUGCUGAGAAAAAUUCUGAUGUCAUCCGCUGGUUCCGUGAUUUGGAACGCCUUUUCUCACUCCACCGAGUAUGCGAUGCGGACAAAUUUUUGUUUACUCUUCGGCUUCUCAUAGGCACGGCAGCUAACGUCGCCAAAGAAUUUGACGUCACCACUUACGACGAACUGAAAAUGGAGCUGAUCGACAACCUUCAUUUCGUCGCUACUCCUGAAUCUGUGUACCGCCAACUCCGCAAUCGUCGGCUGCAGCCCCAAGAGUCUGCCCUCCGCUACCUGUUUGCUAUGCAGCGCAUAGCUGGCCAAGCCGACAUCCUUGAUUCGGAACUGAUCCCGAUAGUCAUCGAUGGCUUGGGAAGCCCGUCAAUUACAUCAAGCCUGCAUUUCAUGCCCCUCACGAUGGAAGAUUUCCGGAAGAAGCUGAAGCUUUUCGAGUCUUGCCGUCAUCUUCGAGCCAUCAAGCCCCCUUCCGUCGAUGUUCGGGCCCCGAUGAACAACCGUAUGGAACGGCCCCAACCGUCGCAGCAACCUGUCCGCUGCUUCAACUGCUCCCGAUUUGGACACCUUCAGAGUGCCUGCUCCAAGCCGAAGCGCCCACCCGGCGGAUGUUUCCGCUGUUUCCAGACUGGGCACGUCUACCGCAAUUGCCCUGAACGUCGGGCAACGCCACUGUUGAGGGCGGUAUUAGCUCGGAAGAUACUCUCGGCACAAACCAAGAGAGGUGUUUGGCUAGUAGUGCACUACACCUGUAGCGACGAUCAGUCGAUGGAUGUUUCCUACUGUCGUACCUGUCACUAUGAUCGGAGAAAUCCCUUAUGUUUAAAAAGUAUAAAAGAGAAGGCUGUAUCGUUAUAUCACGAUAUUAAACGUAAAUCCAAUAAGGAGAAUAUUGAAGAACAAUCAUUCAAAGCAAGCAAUGGGUGGUUUUCACGAUUUAAAAAACGAACCAAUUUACGAAACGUAAAAAUUCAUGGAGAAGCGUCUAGUGCUGAUGAUGACGCCGCUAGCUAUUUCCCUGAUGUUUUUGCCAAAAUUGUUGAAGAAAAUUCUUAUAUUCCAGAACAAAUUUUUAACGUGGACGAGACCGCGCUUUUCUGGAAAAAAAAUGCCGACCCGAAGCUAUAUUUAAAUUUAUUUUUGCCUCCGAGAACAACGUCAUUGUUGCAGCCAAUGGAUCAAGGUGUUUUAGCUGCUUUAAAAUCCCAUUACCUUCGACAUACGUUCGAACAAGCAUUAAAAACCGUAGAAACUGGGUCUAAGACGCUUAGUCAGUUUUGGAAAGCUUUUAACAUUUUGAAUGCGAUAAAUAAUGUUGCAGCAUCUUGGAAAGAAGUGAAACAAGCGACAAUGCAAGCGGCAUGGAAAAAGAUUUACCCUCAUUUUUUUGUUAGCAAUGAACCACCAGACAGUAGUCAGGAACCUAUAUCAACUGUGUUAAGUGAAUGUGUUUCCUUGGCACACUUUCUUGAAAUAGAAGUUAACUAUGAGGAAAUGGAGGAGCUCGUUAAUUGUGCGGGAGAGCCUUUAUCUAAUGAAGAACUUAUUAAAAUGCAAUCCCUAGAAAUACUCGAAGAGUACUUAGAGGACGAUAGUGAGGGCAUGGAAGAGGAAAACAAAUGUUUCUCAACAAAAGGUUUAGCUGAAGCAUUCAGCAAUUUGGAAUUGGCAUUAUCAACCAUCGAAGCGAUGGACAGUGAUGAGGAAAGAUUUGCAAGAGUGAGCAACAGUGUACGCGAAAAUAUGAAAAUUUAUCUACAAAUUUGGGAAGACAAAAAAAAAUCUACAAAACAAUUAACGAUGGACAACUUUCUUAUUACUUUGUAA